AUGUUUAAAUGUGUAAUGGAAAAAUGUGGUUUGAACUGGAAGAAAAAUUUAGUCGGCCAGUCUUACGACGGUGCUGCAAAUAUGAGRGGGUCAUACUCUGGACUCCAUGCACGAAUUCUUGAUGAAAAUCCAAAAGCUCUUUUUGUGUGGUGUCAUGCCCACAGAUUAAAUUUAAUAGUUUUAUCUGYUGUUGGAUCUUGUAUAGAAGCAGUAGAUUUAUUUGGGAAUAUGGAAAAACUUUACUGUUUUAUAACAUGCAGUAAAAARAGAUCAGACAUUUAUAGAAUGAAGCAAAAAGAAAUUUAUCCAAAAAAACAAGUACAUGCAAUAAAAAGAGUUGGUACCACAAGAUGGAUGUCAAACUCAUUUGCCUUAGCAACAAUUUUUGAAACACUGGAAGCAAUAUUGGAUACGUUAGAGGAAGUUAAAAAUCAAGAUAGCUCGUCAGAUUAUAAAAUAGCCACUGAAUGCAAUGGGCUAUUAAUUUAUUUUCAGUMUUCUCGUUUUAUUGUAACAGCAUUUAUGUKUAAGCAUCUGUUUGAUAUUCUAGGGCCUUUAAGUAAAUUAUUUCAAGGUAGAGAUUUAGACAUUUUGGCUGCCGUCAAUUAUUUAAAAAAAGCAGAAAAUAAUAUUAUGAUGCGUAAUGAUGAAGUUUUCAAUGAUAUUUUUGAAGAAGCAAAAUCAUUUUCAGAAAAACAUUUUGGUGAUUUUGAAAUAAAUAAUUUACGAUCCUUUAGGAACAGGAAAAAAAAAGUUGUUCGACAAAUCGGAGAGAUAACUUUUGAUGAAACUAUUGAGAAUCCAGUUCAAUACUUUAAAGUAUCAGUAUAUUUUGUAACAAUCGACAUUAUAAUACAACAGAUUCAUGACAAGUUUAAUCAAAAUUCAGUAUCAGUCAUGAAAGAUAUUGGUCUGUUAUCAUUAAAAAUAAUGAAAAAAAAAACUGAUCUCUCUCAAGAUGCAUUUAAAAUGAUAUGCAAUGUGUAUGGAUUAAACCAAGAAUUAAUCAAAAAUGAAUAUAUCAYGUUUAAAGAGAUUGUUAAAGAUUUAGAUUUUAACUUGUUAUUAAAGCUACCAGAAAAAAUCCAUGCAGACUCUGAUGAAGACAACAUUCAUAGUGACGAUGAAGAAAGUGAUGGGGAAAUAGACAAUUAUAAAAACAUGGCAAGUAAUAGACAUUUUUGCUGGAAAAUCAUCAGUUUUGACUAA